ACCCACCUCGCCUCCACGGGACCAGACAGUCGCAGCGGUGCCGGUGCCGAUACCGACUCGGCAGGGGAUGUCGAUGACGACACCAGGAGACUCGUGCUGACUUGGUCCUAAUAUCGGUGAAAAUGUAAUCCACACCCAUCUCAGGAAAUGGCGAGAGUCACCCACCCCAACUUGUGCCCGGAAAAGGUUCUCCUAAAAGUCCAUAGGUGAAGACUAGAACUCCAGCUGUCUAUUUGGGGAAGCAAACAAAGAAGGAAUCGAGGCCGUGGUGGAACACUCCUGCUGCCAUUAGAUGUUUUGGCACGUUUGUUUGUGCACAUAUCUGCAAACAUGAAGGGGUUGCUGUCCACGUUUAGGGUGAAGCAGAAUUAGAGAAAGCCGUGGUGUCCAUUAUGCUUGAGGAGGACAUUAUUAACUGCACCAUCAGCCAUGAAAUCCACCAGAACCUCUUCUCCAUUGUUUAUAUCCUCGUACUGUUGGUGGGCGUUCCCUCCAACCUCUACGCUCUGUACCAUGCGGUUCUGCAGCUGAAGCAAAAGAAUGAAUUAGGGGUUUACUUGAUAAACCUCACCGUGUCUGAUCUGUUAUACCUGACGUCAUUACCACUCUGGCUCCAGUACAUUUUCCAGGAUGACGAUUGGCGCCAUCGAGAAUGGUUGUGCCAACUCUGUGGCUUUCUUCUCUAUGAGAACAUCUACAUCAGCAUUGGCUUCCUAUGCUGUAUCAGUCUGGAUCGCUACCUGGCUGUGGUCCACCCUUUAAGGUUCAGCUUCCUGCGCUCAAUGGCUGCAGCCGGCCUUUUCAGCGCCAUCAUCUGGCUGAAGGAGAUCGCAGUGGGGGUAGUUUUCUUCCACCAUAAGGAGCUGAGUCCAACGGCCUCCAACCAGUCGGUGUGCUUCGAGCACUACCCCAUGCAGCCCUGGGAGUACCCCGUCAACUACUACCGCGUCACUGUUGGCUUCAUGUUACCACUGGCCAUUCUGCUGGUCAGCUACCUGUGCGUGCUGCGGGCUGUGGGUCAGAGUGCCGGCACACAGCCACUCCGGAAGACCAGAAUCCGGCAGUUAGUAAGCAGCACCAUCCUCAUUUUCCUCAUCUGCUUCUCCCCUUACCACAUCUUCCUGCUGCUACGCACCCUGCUGGAGCGCGACUGUAACUUUAUCACAGGGAUAUUCAACUAUUACCACCUGGCUCUCUUGUUGACCUCUCUGAACUGUGUGGCCGACCCUGCGCUCUACUGCUUCGUCAGCGAAAGUGCCCGCCAUGGCUUCUUCAGGGCCAUUUUUCGGCCCGUGACCAGGUUUCUGUGUUGCUGCCUUGGUGGCGGGAACGCUGGUCUACCUAAUGUCGCCACCGAUUGCCAGGAAGUCCCUAUUGACGUGACCACACUGACUAGGCUCUCCCAUAUGAGCAAGACGGUGAUUUUAAUCACCGCCGACGAUAGAAAAAGAGUCAUACCAUUAACGUUACAGAACAGGAGUGAUGGAAAGAGUAGUGUGGAGACAGAGAAAAUGUCCCACACAAGUGUUAUCAUGAAGUGAAUGGAUCCAAGGAACAAACAUCAGGGCUUGAGAUGUCUGCAACUGAGAAGUGACCACUGCUCCCGCUCAUGUGUUUACCAUUUAGGCAACUGCACAUCCAUCACCAUCACAUACUUUACUAUCUAGAAGACCACGCUCAAAGUUGUCGACAGUAGAGAUGAGUCCAUCCAUCGCCACUGAGCACCAUCCUACUACGGAGACGGGGUGGGAUCCCAUAAGCUUGUCUUCCUGCUACUCCUUUUCGGACUUUUUGAGUCGUGUAACUGUGAGCAUGAGAUGUGACCCAGUGUGAACUGUAUGCACCUUUUGAAAUAAACUCAAAGUCAAAGACUCUGAAAGUGAAGAAAUAAAGUCAAAAUCAUACAACAUACAAACAAUUGCUGUUGAGAGUUAAUUAAGCAAUCAUGUCGCUAAGCAAAAGUGAGCAAUGGUGGGAGAAGAGCCUCGGUGAGAGAGGUGAAGAAGAAGCCAAAGAUCACUGUGGCCGAGCUCCACAGGUGAGAGAGGUGAAGAAGAAGCCAAAGAUCACUGUGGCCGAGCUCCACAGGUGAGAGAGGUGAAGAAGAAGCCAAAGAUCACUGUGGCCGAGCUCCACAGGUGAGGGAGGUGAAGAAGAAGCCAAAGAUCACAGUGGCCGAGCUCCACAGGUGAGAGAGGUGAAGAAGAAGCCAAAGAUCACUGUGGCCGAGCUCCACAGGUGAGAGAGGUGAAGAAGAAGCCAAAGAUCACUGUGGCUGAGCUCCACAGGUGAGGGAGGUGAAGAAGAAGCCAAAGAUCACAGUGCCCGAGCUCCACAGGUGAGAGAGGUGAAGAAGAAGCCAAAGAUCACUGUGGCCGAGCUCCACAGGUGAGGGAGGUGAAGAAGAAGCCAAAGAUCACAGUGGCCGAGCUCCACAGGUGAGAGAGGUGAAGAAGAAGCCAAAGAUCACUGUGGCCGAGCUCCACAGGUGAGAGAGGUGAAGAAGAAGCCAAAGAUCACUGUGGCUGAGCUCCACAGGUGAGGGAGGUGAAGAAGAAGCCAAAGAUCACAGUGCCCGAGCUCCACAGGUGAGAGAGGUGAAGAAGAAGCCAAAGAUCACUGUGGCCGAGCUCCACAGGUGAGAGAGGUGAAGAAGAAGCCAAAGAUCACUGUGGCUGAGCUCCACAGGUGAGAGAGGUGAAGAAGAAGCCAAAGAUCACUGUGGCUGAGCUCCAGGGAUGCAGUAGGAAGAAGGGAGAAUGUUCCAGAAAGUCAAGUAUCACUGCAGCCCUCUGCAAGUCGGAGCUUGGUCUGAUGCGUCCGCUACCUCUCCGCCCGCCAACCCUCUGACUGGAGCAAACACCUGCCCUGGGUGGAGUACGUUUUAACUUCAUGACCUGCUCCACCACAGGUAUGUCCCCUUCCCAGUGCUCUCUGGACUAGCAAGCACGCAUGUUCUUACAGCCAGAGGUGGAGGCAGUGGUCCCCUCCACCCCGGCCCACCUUAAACGCUGCCAGACCAUCUGGAAGACUGCUCGGGCCGCCUUAGUGAAGACGUUGGACAGGAUGCGUCGCCACGCCGACUGGCAGCGCAUCCCGGCACCCUCCUCUCAGCCUGGGCCGCAGGUGAUGUCCCGGGCCAAGGACCUCCGCCUCAAGGUCCAGUCUGCUACGUGGGACACUUCCCCAGCAACGCCAUUGUCAACCCUCGUUGUAUUCCCUUUUGAGUUGUCACGUCCCUGCUUACUUACUUACUUCCAGGAUCUUCACUUUGCUUCUACAUUCACUUUGAAGACAAGACGUGAAUGGGAGAUAUUGUUUAUUAUUGUUUAUUUAGUGAUAGAAUGAUGAGUCAGUGGUCAGCUGAAUCAGGGAAAUGAAAGUCCUCUGCCUGUUGUUGUAUUUGUUUGGUAACUCCAUCCUUCCUCCUCCUCCUCCUCCUCUGUGUGUGUGUGUGUGUGUGUGUGUGUGUGCGUGUGUGUGUGUGAUUCUCAAUUAUACUGAUGGAUGUGUGCUGCAUAUAUUUGUGUGUUUACGAAGGGUAAGAGUGUGUAUUAAUCUUGGCAGAGUGGUUGUCUUCCAGCAGGAAGUGCCAUCAGACUCAGGGCAGAGAUGAGAGUUGCAAAGUACAAGUGAUGAACAUGCGGACUACAGGAAGCCAGGACACAACACUGUCAUGUGACUCUGACAAAGCAUCACUCUUUUAGAUGGAGAUUUUGAAAAGGACAAUAUAGAGAGAGCAGUAGUAUAGUAGAAACUACAAAAGCAGUGAAGUUGUCAGCUUGUGUAAAUGCUAAAUAAAAAGAGACUACAACAAA